UAUUGUUCGUCAUCAACGGGCGCCGGGCCUACGCUUUCCGGGAAGGGUUUUCCGGCUGCGUAGGGGUCGCGGGUGGCUUCCAGGCGGCUGGCGCUGCUGGGCGUUGCCAUGGAGAGCGGAUCGCGGCCGUCGCUUGCCCAGUUCAUCCUGCUGGGCACCAGUUCCAUGGUCACCGCCGUGCUGUACUCCAUAUACCGGCAGAAGGCCCAGGUCGCCCAAGAGCUCAAGGGAGCUAAGAAGAUCCACUUGGGUGAAGAUCUGAAGGGCAUUCUUUCAGAAGCUCCGGGCAAGUGCGUGCCUUAUGCUGUCAUUGAAGGAGCUGUGCGGUCCGUUAAAGAAACACUCAACAGCCAGUUUGUGGAAAACUGUAAGGGAGUGAUCCAGCGGCUGACACUUCAGGAGCACAAGAUGGUGUGGAAUCGAACAACCCACCUUUGGAAUGACUAUUCUAAGAUCAUUCACCAAAGGACUAACACUGUGCCCUUUGACCUGGUGCCCCACGAGGAUGGGGUCGCUGUGGCUGUGCGAGUGCUGAAGCCCCUGGACUCGGUGGAUCUGGGGCUGGAGACUGUGUACGAGAAGUUCCAUCCCUCUGUGCAGUCCUUCACUGAUGCCAUCGGCCACUACAUCAGUGGAGAGCGGCCCAAAGGUAUCCAGGAGACAGAGGAGAUGCUGAAGGUGGGGGCCACCCUCACCGGGGUUGGCGAACUGGUUCUGGACAACAACUCUGUCCGCCUGCAGCCCCCCAAGCAAGGCAUGCAAUACUAUUUGAGCAGCCAGGACUUCGACAGCCUACUGCACAGGCAGGAGUCCAGUGUCCGGCUCUGGAAGGUUCUGGUUCUGGUGUUUGGCUUUGCCACCUGCGCCACCCUCUUCUUCAUCUUGCGGAGACAGUACCUGCAGCGGCAGGAGCGCCUGCGCCAGCAGCAACUCCAGGAGGAGUUCCGUGAACACGAGGCCCACCUGCUGAGCCAAGCGACUCCUGAGGACAGAGAGAGUCUGAAGAGCGCCUGCGUCGUGUGUCUGAGCAGCUUCAAGUCCUGUGUCUUCCUGGAGUGCGGGCACGUCUGUUCCUGCCGCCAGUGUUACCUCUCCUUGCCAGAGCCCAAGAGGUGCCCGAUCUGUCGUCGGGAGAUCAGCAGGGUGAUUCCCCUGUACAACAGCUAGGGGUGUAGCAGUCACACUGUGGGUGUCCCUCCCCUGAUCAGAGUUUAUCUUGAGGUCUUUGGUGGGGUGGCUGUACCCUAAGGUAUGAAGGAGGGGACACGGGCAGGCCUCACAUCUCCAGCAGCUGGGUGUUGCUUUUCAACAUGGACAGGUCCUUUUCCAGUUCCAAGCACCUGGUGAGGGCCAUAGUGAGGUCCCCUUCUUAGGAGCCAGAUCUGUGUGUGACUGAAUAAGACCAGCUCAUGUCCACGCAGCAAGGCCAGGGGUCUCGCCUUUUGCUCCCUGGGGUGCUGACUCCUUAGCUUUGGGAGGAAGGCUGAGCUCUGAGGGCCUUGCAGCCCAGACUCCUCCUCUUGCUUCUGUCCAUGGGAAGGAAUUUCUUAAACCUGUCAGGCAGGGCAGGCCACUAGUAAUGUUUGCACAUGUGGGGAGAAGGUGAGAGGCAGUGAGAGCAGCA